AUGUCUAACCGAAGUCUCCGUCUCCUGCUCCUCCUCCUUCUUCCUCUAUUAAUUCAUUCACAAACGAAUUCUGAUUGCACCCUUUCUUGUGGUAAUAUCAACAUAAGCUCUCCAUUUCGAAUAAAAGGAGAUCCUCCACACUGUGGCAACCAAACGUAUGAGCUAUCUUGUGAGACAAAUACUACUAGUACAUGCAUGACAAUAUUAUACUUGUAUUCAGGAAAGUAUUACGUGCGGGCUAUCCAUUACAACAACUUCACCAUCCGACUUGUGGAUGCUGGUGUUAUUGAUCAGAAGAAGAAAAAGAAAGACAACAAGUACUACUUCUCCAACCCAACUCACUCUUUAACCAGCUUCAACUUUAGUUAUGGAGAUCCUUAUACCACUUUAGAAAGUAACUACUACAAGCGAGAAGAUGAAGAAUUCAUAGUGCCUAUAGUUUCUCUCAACUGUGCAAAACCAAUGAACUUUUCUGGUUUUGUUGAAACAGAUCCAUGCUCCUCUUCUUCCAAUAUUUCCAAUACUAGUAAUUUAAUUAGCAUGUAUUCUUAUUUCAUGGUUGGCUUGAAUGGCUUCAUAAGUUCAUUGGCUCUUGGGGAGACCUGCAAAAUAACACAAAUGGUUAUGGCCUCAACUUCAAGAUCAGAUUCAGACGACUAUUUGAGCUCAUGUGAAGCCAUAUAUAAUCUAAUAGCGAAGGGCUUCCAACUCUCAUGGGUUGAAGAACGAUGGUGCUUACCAAAUUGCACAAUAUGCGUGGGUGACAUCAACCACUGCUUGGGGAGGCAUGGGGGACACCAAGAAGGAGCCUGCAAAGUUUGGUACAAGAAGGUCAUACUGUUCAUACUCUUUAAAUUAGAAAGACUUAUCGCCCCUCUAUAUUAUUUCUUCAACCUCAAGCAGCGUGACUUUACGAAUUAUUGGGAAAUUUAUCCAUCUCGGUUUGUGCUCUGUUUAAUCAGUUACCUCGGACUUUACCAAGCAGCAAAGUUUUUAUUUGGCUAUCCCUGUCUAGCUGCGUUACUGAUAUACAAAUGGCGAAGGAGACACUUGUCCAUGUACGACAAUAUAGAAGAGUUUCUGCAGAGCAAUUAUAAUCUCAUGCCAGUGAGGUAUUCUUACUCCGACAUCAAAAAAAUGACCAGAGGUUUCAAGGACAAAUUGGGUGAAGGAGGCUAUGGCACUGUAUACAAGGCAAAACUCCGUAGCGGUCAUUUUGUAGCCGUCAAGAUGUUGGGUAAGUCCAAAGCUAAUGGCCAAGAAUUUAUCAACGAAGUUGCUACAAUCGGAAGAAUUCACCAUGUUAACGUGGUACAACUUAUUGGCUUUUCUGUUGACGGUUCAAAACGUGCUCUUAUAUAUGAUUUCAUGCCCAAUGGAUCACUUGAAAAAUAUAUAUUUUCUCAAUCAAGAUCAGGAGUACUUAUCUCCUUAAAUUAUGAGAAAAUGUUUCAAAUUGCGCUCGGAGUGGCUCGUGGUAUUGAAUAUCUCCAUCGAGGAUGUGACAUGCAAAUUUUGCACUUUGACAUCAAGCCUCAUAACAUUCUUCUGGAUGAGAAUUUUACUCCCAAAGUUUCUGAUUUUGGGUUAGCAAGGCUAUGCCCAUUAGACAAUAGCAUUGUGUCUUUAACUGCAGCAAGAGGAACCAUAGGAUACAUAGCUCCCGAGUUAUUCUAUAAAAACAUUGGAGGUGUUUCAUACAAGGCCGAUGUAUAUAGUUUUGGAAUGUUAUUGAUGGAAACGGCUGGAAGAAGGAAGAAUUUAAAUGCAAGCAUAGAGCAUUCGAGUCAAAUCUACUUUCCGACGUGGGUUUAUGACCAAUUGAGUGAAGGAAAUGAAAUAAACAUGGGAGACGCCACUGAGGAGGAAAAUAAAAUCAUAAGGAAGAUGAUCAUAGUGGCAUUGUGGUGCAUACAAAUGAAGCCUAGCGAACGUCCUUCAAUGAAUAAAGUGGUAGAGAUGCUUGAAGGAGAAAUCGAGAGCCUCCAAAUGCCUCCAAAACCCUUCUUAUAUCCACAAGAAACGCCAUUAGAGAAUGUUGGGGAGGGCACUUCAAGUAAGGCACCUGCAUCAGAAUCUACAGCAAUCAAUUUGAUUGCAGGUGCAAAUUGA